CCUCCGCCGCCGUGCCGAGCAGCCGGCACCGCCCGCCGGCCACCCAUCGCGGCAGGAGGAGGCGGCGGCCUGCGACUGUGGCCAUGCCGGGUCACCUGGGCCUUCCUCCCCAAGCUGCUGCUCCAACAGCUUUAGCAGUGCCCUAUGCAAAGCAAUCUUAGCCCAUUUAGAAUUCAGGCCCAAUUAUACAAGCCCAGCAAGCUGCCUCCUUUUACCAGACCUGCCCAGCGAAGCUUCCAGACGCGUCCGGCUCCGCCACGCCGCCGCGCACGGCGGGUCCCGUGUCCACCACGGCGACCCAAUAACGCCAUCGAUUCCGACGACCAAAUCCUCAACCUCACUUUUGUGUUGCAAACUCCGCACGCUUCCGCAACCGCGUCCGCAAUCCCACGAGAGACCAAACCGCCUCCGCCGCUGCGGCGUCGUGUAUGCGCCGGCCGUGCCCGGAUCGGCGGUGAACCCCAUGGCGGAGCCGUCCCUAUUCGCGCCGGUCGCGCAGGACGCCUUCGCUGACCUCCCCUUCCCCGAGUUUCAGACGCCCGUUGACGACAACUUCGCCUUCGAAGUCUUCGAUCUGGAGGAUCUCGACCUCGACGUCAACUUCGACCUCGACCUCUUCGCCUCGGAUGGGCAACUCUCGCAGCCGCCGCCGCUUGCGACGUCGUCGUCCUCGGCUGGGUCUCCGGAGCGGGGAUCGUCUUCUUCCGGCGCCGGCGGGGUUGGUGGGCUGAGGAACGAGGAGGCCUCGGAGUCGUCUUCGAGGAGCGCGAGCGGUAAGGAGAAGGAAGGGGCGGAGGAGGAGGAGGAGGCCAAGCGGCGCGCGCGGCUUGUGCGCAACCGCGAGAGCGCGCACCUGUCGCGGCAGAGGAAGAAGCAGUACGUGGAGGAGCUGGAGGGGAAGGUGAAGGCCAUGCAGGCCACCAUCGCCGACCUCUCUGCCAGGAUCUCCUGCGUCACCGCCGAGAACGCCGCUCUCAAGCAGCAGCUGGGUGGCGCUGCUGGAGGCUCCCCGCCGCUGCCGAUGUACCCGGCAAUCUAUCCUUUGCCGAUGCCGUGGAUGCACCCGGCCUAUGCAAUGCGUGGCUCACAGGUACCGCUCGUGCCCAUACCGCGGCUGAAGAAAACCCAGCAGCCUGCGCCUGAUGCGGUAGAACCGCCGGCCAAGAAGGCAAGGAAAACAAAGAAGGUUGCAAGUGUUAGUCUCCUCGGGUUGUUGUGCCUGGUCAUGGUCUGUGGGUGUUUGAUUCCUGCAGUAAAUCGGAUGUAUGGGGCAGUUGAUGCUGGAGAAGGCGCUGCAUUUGGUCCAUCACAGCAUGGGAGGGUGCUGGCUGUUGAAGGUCCUCGCAAUAGUGUCUCAGACGUUAUUGAUCCGAUGCCACCACAGAGUGCAAGUGAGACACUUCCAGCGUUGUUGUAUCUACCGAGGAACGGGAAGCAUGUUAAAAUCAAUGGUAAUCUUGUUAUUAAGUCCAUUGUUGCAAGUGAGGAAGCUUCCUCGCGCUUAUCUAGCUUUGAUGGAAAGAGUCCUGGAAGCCAAGGAAAGGAAGAGACUAGCUUGGCAAUUCCUGGUUAUGUGGCUCCAAUGGAAGCUGGAGAAGUCAUGGAAUCAGCUACAGGAAUGAAAAACAGACUGUUGGCUUUGGCUCCCGGAGAUGGAAGCAAGUAUAGGGAGGAUGAUGGACUGCUGCCACAGUGGUUUAGUGAAGCAAUGUCUGGUCCUAUGCUGAGCUCUGGAAUGUGCACUGAAGUCUUCCAGUUUGACAUAUCCUCAACCUCCGCUCAUGCAAAUGGCGUUGUGCCUGUCUACUCCAGUGCUAUGUCGAACUCGUCGCGAAAUUUUACGGAAAAUCUCCCCUCUGGUCCUCAGAAGGUGAAGAACCGAAGGAUUUUAUACUCCGAGGCCAUUCCUCUACAUGGUUCGACAUCCAACGAUACCGAACACUUCAAAACGCCCCCCAAGAAUGAAAGCUAUGGCGGUAGGAAGCCAGUUUCAUCUGUGGUAGUCUCUGUCCUGGCUGAUCCAAGAGAGGCCGGCGACGGGGACAGUGAGGGGAGGAGCUCCUCGAAAUCAUUAUCCCGCAUCUUCGUUGUCGUUCUUUUAGAUAGUGUCAAGGUUGCAAGCAUGUAUAUUCGAGUGAAGCGGAACAAGAGUACCUACUUCAUACAAUGCGAACCAACAGAGACAGCUUUGAACAUCAAACAGAAGUUGCAUUCGCUAAUAGAUCAACCUCCUAGUAAUCAACAGUUGGUCUUAUUGGCUACCUAUGAUGUAUUGGAAGACUCAAAGACAUUGGCUGAUCAAAAGGUGGAAAAUGAUGCCAUUGUUGCAUUGGCAUUGAGAAAAGAUGACAAUGAGUUCGAAGAAGUUUUCAUCGCCAGGCCGGAGGAUUUCAUGUCAUCAUCAUGAUGCAGACCAAUUCAUCAUCUCCUAAUGGAUCCUGCUGCUGGCUCUUCAUUGAUCCCUCUGGGGUGUUGCUCAAUGCUCACUUGCCCCUUUGUAAAGAUGCUAAACAACCAUUGCGGACGGCAUUAGGUUUUGAUUUGACGCUCCAACUGAUUCUGUGCUCUUGUACCUACUGGUAUCCGUCCUGAUGUUCUGAUCAGGCGCACCUACUUGUCCUUUGUAGCUAGCAUGUGAGAUCCAUUUGUGCUUCCACCACCUAAUACGCUUUCUGCUGUUUUUUUCCCCUGCUUACCAAUUGCUCGAUGGAGUAUGGAACUACGUUGUCGGUCACAUUAUGGAUAAGUCAGUAUAAGGUUGUUAUCAGUUAA